AGACUGAGAAAGUAAGAGAGAGAUGAGAGCGAGCGCUCACUCUUGUGCUUCUCUCAGUGAGCGCUCACACAGGCGUAAGACGUGCAUGCCUUCUCUCCUCCUUCCUUUCAUUCUCUGAUCCUGCAUCCAGUCCCUCUUUCCAGUCACUUAUCCUGCCUCAGCCUCCAUCUCUCAUUCCCUUUCUCUCUCUCUCUCUCUCUCUCUCUGGAUCUAUGAUACAUUUUUACUGAGAAAUGCACUUUAAAGUUGCUUGAUGCAUGCAUGGAAAGACCCACACACACACACACACACACACACACACACUGGCAUUGACUCUUGCUCUCUGAGAGGCAGGAUGAGCUAAAGCAACUCACUAUGGGCAACUGUGUGAAAUCGCCGCUUAACCGCCUCAACAAGAAGGACCGGAGGCGGAGCUACAAAGCUGUGGCGCGUGACGAAGGCGGAGCCUCGAGCCACACCCUGGCAUCUCAAAACUCCACUUAUGUACACAGUGUGCUUGGUCCUGCAUGCAUCUUUCUACGCAAGGGAUUCGCUGAGAGCCGGCAGGCUGACAGAGAGCUGAGACCUGAAGAACUGGAGGAGCUCAGAGAAGCGUUUACAGAGUUUGAUAAGGACAAAGAUGGCCUUCUUAACUGUAAGGAUCUGGGGGUCUGCAUGAGGACGAUGGGUUACAUGCCUACAGAGAUGGAGCUGAUUGAACUGAGUCAGCAGGUCAACAUGAACAUGGGUGGUCACGUGGACUUUGAUGACUUUGUGGAGUUGAUGGGACCGAAACUUUUAGCAGAAACAGCCGAUAUGAUCGGAAUGAAGGAGCUCAGGGAUGCUUUUAAAGAGUUCGACUCGAAUGGAGAUGGUAAAAUCAGCACAUCUGAACUCAGAGAAGCCAUGAAGAAACUGCUGGGACAACAGGUUAAACGCAAAGAGCUGGAGGACAUCGUGAAGGACAUUGAUCUUAACGGUGAUGGACAUGUGGACUUUGAAGAGUUUGUGCGAAUGAUGUCACGCUGACACGAAGGAACGACACAUCCGGGCUGAAAGACACGAUGGCGCUAGGGAGGAGAUUAUAAGAGACAUAUGGAAUACAACCUCUGACCUCUGACCCUGCAAUGAAGCAUGAAAAGCCCUUGACAUCUCCGAAGGACUACAGGCUGAUCAAACCAUGCUGCAAGAAAUUUUUCUAUCCAGCUUUAAUUAAGAGAAGCACAUCUUCCGGAAGAUAAUCAACAUAUCGCUGCAAUACUGUGACUUAAUAGUUUUAUCUGAGCAGGACACAUCUUGUGGAUUGGAUAUGCAAAUUUUACUCCUUUGUUUCUGUGGAGAUUUUUUCUUUACUGCUGAGUGAGAGUGUGAGUGUUGUGGAGCCCAUCUUACAUGCGACACAGGAAAUGUGUCUUUUCAGCGUCAGUAAAUGUAGCAGGGGUCACAUGUGCACUAAACUAAGCUUGAGCUUAUGUCUCGAAUCUACUUUUGUCGAUAAUGGUUUCUGGUGGUUGUGCUAUAAUGUGUACAAUCACAAACGCACAACAAAACCAACCAGUAUACCCUAACUGGAGAACCAGUAGAAACUGUGAAUAUUGUAUACAUACGUUAACUUUAACACAAGAAAGUUAGCUUGAAGCAAAAAGCGCAACAUGAUGGGGAAGAGUCAGGUUUUUCCCACAGGGUGAUUCUAUAGGAAACUCAGAUACAUAACAAAAUGCGUGAAUGUGCUUCAGAUAAUAUAGUUCAAUACAGUACAACAGGACUAAUUCCCAAAACGUUCAAUCAAUACACAUGCUUAUGUAGUUAAGUCUUGUCAACUGUUUGUAUGGGUAUCUUUCUAGACACGGUAUUGGGUAUAUUACUUUUAUCAUUAUAUUCUACAUAGAAUGUAUUUAUCCAUUUACCUUCCACUUCAUUAGGAAUGCAUGUAAAUCUGCUUGGUCUUGCAAUUUAUCCAAUCGGACAUUCAUGUGGCAGCAGCACAAUGCAUAAAAUCAUGCGGAUACAAAAGAAAAACUGGACUGAUGUUUCAUCUGAUCAUCAGCUGAGCAGUUUUAGCGAGUCCUGUUUUUGGAGUGGAACCGGAUGUUCUCCAUCUGCCUCAGGUUUUUCCACUGCAUUUUGAGACACUUUUCUGCUCAUCGUAGUUGUAAAGAGUGAUUAUCAUAGAAUUCUUGUAAGCUCUAACUAGUCUAACUAGUCGCCGAUGGCGGGGAUCGAACCCGAAACUUCACCGUAGGAUCAGCAGAUCCAGUGCAUGCACUGCUUUUAUUUAACAAAGACAAAGACUUACAUUAGAUGUAACAGAAACAAACCCUAGCUAUAACAUGGAAACUUAUAUAACCUUAACAAAACAUGACUAUGCCAUAAAAACCUAGAUAACACGGCGUCCGGUUUUAUGGCACAUACACAACAUUACGUCGACAAAGUCAACAGAUAUAAAUAUUAUGACUGACCAAGACAGCAAGACAAACAUAUAUAGAGCAGGACAUCAAGAGAUAGGACAGGUGAGAAAGCGGGAAGACACAUUAGGAAAGGAUGUGGCACCACCCAAAUGGGAAUAAAACAAUGAUAAAUAAACCACUGGCCAAAGAAACUGUCCUAGUAUCUCCUGACCCCUUUCUUAUCAACUAUCAUAACUAAUGCUCAUUAGCUGUUUUUGUUGUUGUCUUUUUGAGAUCAUCUUUUUCUGAAAUACCCAAACCAGCCCACCAACAACCAUGCCUCGGUUAAAGUCACUUUAUUGUUUUUUUUAUGUGAAACCAAACAGUUCAGUGAACUUCUAUCCGGAUGAUUUUUACACAUUGUGCUGCUGCCACAUGAUGGCUGAGAGGACAACUGCAUGAAGGUGUGCUGAGGAUUGCAUGUAAAAUAUAUGAAAAGGCUGGUCACUAUGAUCCUGUAUAUGAGUCACAACAAUAAAUAGUCAACUUGUAAAUUAUAAAAUAUACACCGAUCAGCCAUAACAUUAAAACCACUGACGGGGAAGUGAAUAACGUCAUGUGAUUAUCUUAUUACAGAGGCACCUGUCAAGGGGUGAUAGUCAUGGAUGCUUAAUGCUCUUUGAUGCUUGUGGGGAGUGAAGACUAGCCCGUCUGGUCUGAUCCCACAGACGUGUUACUGUAGCACAAAUUGCCGAAAAAGUUCAUGCUGGCUGUGAUAGAAAGGUGUCAGGACACACAGUGCAUCACAGCUUGCUGUGGAAAAGGCUGCGUAACUACAGAACAGUCAGAGUGCCCAUGCUGACCCCUGUUCAACACUGAAAUCACUUACAAUGGCAUCAGAACUGGUCCAUGGAGCUGUGGAAGAAGAAGGUGGUGGUCUGAAUAAUUAUGUUAUACAUCUUUUACAUCCAGCUGUGAUUGUGUAGAUCACUUACCUGGGGAAGAAAUGGCACCAAGAUGUGGUAUGGAAAGAAGACUGUGUGAUGCUCUGGGAAAUUAUGGGUUCUGGCCUUCACGUGGAGGUUACUUUAACACAUACCACCUACCUAAACAUUGAUGCAGAUCAUAUACACCCCUUUCUGCCAACGGUAUUCCCUAAAAUCAGUGGCUUCUUUCAGCAGGAUAAUUGCCACACUGCAAUUAUUUCUCAGGAAUGGUUUGAGAAACAUGAACAGAGUGUCUGUGGGAUUUUCUGGAUAAAAAAGUGCGAUCAGUGGAGGCCCACUUCACAACUUAAAGGAUCUGCUGCUAACGUCUUGGUGCCAGGUACCACCAGGGGCGGACUUAGUGAUUUGGGGGCCCUAAGCGAUUCCAGGUAUGGGAAUCUCAAGCAUGUGCAGUACAAUAGGAAAGUUCCACUAUUCAUGAGGGGGGGCCCCGCAUUUGAAAAGAUGUAAUAAUAACGUUAAAAUCUUAAUGGUUAUAGACAGACCAUACAAUAUAUGAUAGAAAAGUAAUAAGUACUAUAUGAUUUAUAGGCUUCUUGGUAUUGGUCGGAGCCCCCUAAUUCCCCGGGGCCCUAAGCGGCUGCUUACCUCGCUUAUUGGUUAAGUCCGCCCCUGGAUACCACAGCACACCUUCAGAGGUCUUGUGGAGUCUCGACGGGUCAGAGUUGUUUUGGCUCACAGUAUUAGGCAGGUGGUUUUAAUGUUAUGGCUGAUGAUUGUAAAUGUAAAUACAGUUUAAAGCAUAUCCAUGCCAUGUUGCUUCUGCCGUAAAAAAACGGGCUGCCCUCUAUGUUUGGGUUUUUCUAUAUACUCUUAAAAGUUUCCUUAAGCGAGGUUAUUAGACUUUUUCCAUCAGAAACCCACAUCAUUUUUUAUAAAUAUUCCAUAAUGCAUAUUUACUUUAUGAACAUAAUCCAGUGACGCAAAUAUCAGACUCAUUAUUUAAACGUGUACAGAAUUAAGCGGCUUAUUUAUUUAUUGAAGUCACUGAUGAAACAUAUUACAACAUAUUGCAACCAGUCAAAUCAGCAAUAAAUCUAGGAACGUGGUGAUUUGCAGCAGAAAUAAAAGAAUCACAGCUAUGUUUCCUGACCCUACGAUGAAAACCAUAAUCCUGGGGAAGCUUAGAAUUAUAUUUAUCCUUCAUUACAGUGAUUUUUCGACGUAUUUAUUUAGUUUACACCAAAAAAUAGCUGGCUCAAAACGGUUCCUCGGCAAACUAAAGUGAUUCUUUCAGGGGAAAAAUACUAGUCCUUGCUCUAAGCAUCAUUUAAUUUUAUAAUAGUGUAGCGUUAGCUAAUCAACACGGACGUCUAGUAUACAGUAUAAUAAUUUGCAUAUUAUCGUUGUUGUAGAAUAGUAAACUGCUAGGAAUAUCUUCAUUACCAAUCCCACACUCACACUUACUGUUACUUUUUUCUGUAUAUUGAUCCAUUCGCAGUUCUUAUAGACAUAUCACAUCCUGUCAUAACGUCGUCGGAUAAAACGUUGCACUAUAUCAAAAAUGUUUGGGAUUGAAGUUACUAGAAUAAAGGCACCUACAUCCCUAUGAGCCAUUAUUUUACAAUGACUAGUUUAUUUGUAUAGAAAAUAAUAACACUAUUAGUGCAAUAGGGAGCCCUAAAGCCCUAUGAGCAGUAUGUGGGAUAUAAUAUACUGUAGGUACUUCUAAAUCUUAUGUAUGUGUUCAUUGUGUGUGCAGUCAGCAGGUAUUUGGGAUACAGCUCCCUAUAAAGUGCAACACACAGAGUAUGAGCUUGACAUAAUGAUGUAAAUAAAUGUGGUACACAUCUAAUAUGCAGAAAUGUCUGAUUCAGGUCUCUAAUGCACUACAUCGAGAAUAAUAAUAGCACCUAAGCUCUAUUUAAAGCACCAUGAGCCAAGCGCAUAGGGAAUUUUAAAUGACUAUGAAGUGCACUACGCCCAACAGGGAGCCAUUUGCUUUUGAUUAUGAACAGCAGCUCUGUAAUAAAUAUACAAGUACACUUCACUGAGGAUAAAAAUAAUAGCACGCACCCUCCCUGCAGUGCACUACAGAGAUAAUGUGAUGCAAUUUCCGUAAUAGGAAGAUCAAAAGUACGUUUAUUUUUAUGUUGUAAGCACAAGACUUUGUUACUUCCAUCAUUGUUUUUUGUCUGUGGUCCAUCUCCUGCAUGAAUGUAAUGUUGACUUAGACAUGUAGGUGGAGUCGUGUGUGCGUUCUGGUCUUUAUUGUGAGUGUCGACAUAUAAAAGUACACAUCUGAGAAAGAAAAAAAAAAUCAUGUGACGUGUGUGAGAAAGAAGGAGCAGAGAGUGUGUGUGUUCUGUAUGACUUCCUGACCGAGGGUCUUAAUUUUGUUCAGGUUCGUUUUAAGUGCUUGGAUUCUAUGCAUGCAGAGUGGCAGAGAGUAAAUUCUAUUAAAGGCUUGUGUU